UCUUCCAGACUGCCGUUCGAGCAGGACAUAGAACAUGGGAACGUGUCCCACUUGGGCGACUGUGAUGGUCUCCUGCAGGAGUCUUUCAUUGACGAGCCAGAUGGUCUGGUGUCAGUCAACCUGCUGGUUGUGUCUGCAGUUUCAGCUUUCGCCACGGGGGCGGUGCUGUCGGGCUUGGCUGUCUGCUGGAUCAUGAGUCAUCGCCACCGCACACGAGGGGCAGGAGCCAACAGGAGCCGUAAAGGGGACAAGGAGCAGAACAUGCUGGGUCAGGGCCGGAGCGGCUCAGUGAUGAGCGUGACACGUACCAGCGGCAGCGAGAGACCCCGGUCACAUUCUCAGGCAGACAACCCGUUUGUAAUGCCCAACGGCUGGCCUAAAGGAGAGAUGGAUCCAGGCCUACCUACUCCAGAACAGACCCCCCUGCAGCAGAAACGGCCUCCACCCAGCAUGAGAGAUGUAGACUGGGACCAGAGUCAGACCUUCCUCACUUCAGUGGGCAUGCCCUGCCCAGCCAACUCCGUCAUCUACCUGAGCUCCAAGUUCCUGCAGGAGAGAGGUGGCAGGCACGAGGGCCCAGGGGAUGUGGGGCCCCCCAACACGGAGCGAACACGUUACCUGGUCCUGGCCAGCAACCGGGAGCCCCAUGGGGGACAACCCAGGACCACCCUGAGGAACUCUGCAGGUGAAUACAACUACCCAGCCACGCCACAGGACUCCCCAGACCGCAGGAGGGUGGUCUCAGCCCCCAGCACCCAGAUGGACUUUGGGGAGCCUCCCCGCUGGACUCACGAGGGACUCAACUAUAACAGCAAUAACGGAGCGCCCUACCCCUCCCAGCGCCCUGGCCUGAUCCGGGCCAACCACCACGGCCUUGCCGACUUCAGUCACCUAAUGGGAAAGAGCGUGGGCGAGCCCACCCCUAGUGGCCAGUGAGGAGAAGAGCGCAAUGAACCCCCCUCUCUGAAACCCAUUUCCCCUCAGCAACUGGAAUACCCCUCAGACUCACUCUCCCUUCCCGAAUCCUGCCCUGUCUGUCCUCUCUCACUGUCAUUCAAUGUUCUGACAUCCCCCGGCGUGAAGCCUGACUGACUAACUGACUGAAGAGACUGGGUCUCCAGAAGCCAGCAGUUUAGAGAGAGAAAGAGAGAGAGAGAGUUAAAGAGAUGAGGUUAUUCUCCUCAUGGCUGCAGCUCUGCUAUCACCCUGAGAGGUGCACCCCUCUGCUCCGUACGUGGUUUAACCCACAGAGCAUGGACUGGACACCAUAAAACCAACCUCAAGGACUAGGAAGGGGUGCAAGGGAAAGGACAUUUUGUGAAAAAGGAAAAA